AUUUACAUUCCAUUCCAUUAGAUACUGAUUUACUGGUUGGUCGGCACGUUGGGCUUUCGUUAGGCCACCUUGUCUCCAAUAAAUUCCCUUUGAAUUUUUUCUCAUAUUGGGCGUUGGUAUCACUGAUGACUGCGGCAUAACCUAUUAAUUCAUAGUCGAGGUUUUUCGUUGCCGCCAAGUGUAUCUAGAUUUAAUAACUAUUAUCGAGAAAUAUUAGUAAUUUAAACUGAUUUGCACGAUUUUUCAAUCGGUCGUGUCAUGGAAGACAGUGAUGAUCUAUUAGAUUCGCUGUUAGCAGCAGCCGACGCACAACUAGACGAGUUAAGCAAACAAACCCCAAUAUUAAGUGCUCCGCCCAUUGAAACCAACUCUUGCAAGACUCUCAAAGAUGCUGAUAUAUUCGGAUUCGAAUCUAACUUGAAGCUGCAACCAAAAUCAGCAAAGGACACUUUCGAAAGUGCGGUACAUGGUGGUGAUACGGACUCGUCUGACGAUGAAGGAAACAGAAACUAUGAAGACCAAAAAUACAAUGAAUGUGGGCGACAAAUGAAAGGCCUGUUGAGGCCAAGUGAUUCUGAUCAUUCAACUUCUAGCAACCUUUCGGGUGGUCCGAAAAAACGCAUCUCCAACUGGACCACCAGGCCUAGCACUGUAGCCCGUCACAAACCCGCUAUUGCUAUAACCAAAACUGCAGCGUCCACAAAGUCUGAACAUCGAGAUGUGUAUAUGGAUCCGAUUUUUCAUAUGAGAAUAAUAAACCCGAAGAUUUCCUCCAGCCUACUCCAGGAGAGAAUGCAAGGGCGGGUUGCUGUUCGGUUUGCUGAUUUAAGUAGGCAGAUUUUGGCUGGCAAUUUGAAAGGCAAGGAUUGGGUGCUUUGUGGGGUGCUAGUGCACAAGUCGCCCCCGAAAACCUCCCAAAAGGGCAGCCAGUAUUCCAUCUGGACUGUGACUGAUCUUAAAGAUGAUAUUAAAACUGUUGGCUUGUUUAUGUUUAACAGUGCACAUUCAGAGCUGUGGAAAACUCUUGUUGGUACAGUGGUUGGAGUUUUGAAUCCUACGGUUAUGGAGAGAAGGGACAACUCCAAAGAUGUGGCUUGCUUAAGUAUAGAUACAAGCCAAAAAGUCAUGAUAUUUGGAGACUCAAAAGACUUCGGAAUGUGCAAAAGUACCAAGAAGAGUGGUGAGAAAUGUACAUCAGUGGUGAAUUUAAGCGACAGCGAGUUUUGUAUCUAUCAUAUUAAACAAGAGUAUCAGAAAUGUAGUAAACGAUCAGAAUUGCAAGCCAACUUUGCCGGAAAUGGUCUGAUCAAUCUUCGUAACAAAGUUCUGGGCAAAAAUGAGGUUUUCUAUGCGGGAAAGUCGUAUAUGGCAAUACCAGCGAAGAAAAGUAAAAAGUUGGUAACGAGAGAUAAUAACAUUUUGCAGAAUCUGAAUGGGACUAGCACCACUGGUGCUAAAUACAAGACUGCAAAACCUAAAGUUAAAGGAGCAGCUAGGCGUUUAGACGUGAAUCCAGCUGAAAGAGCCAGAGACUUAGAACUUCUGAAAAAAUUGGGAGGCUCGAGUCUGGAAGCCAAAACCAACUUUUGCGGUAUAAGAUCCGAUGAUAUUUCCAUGGAGACUUCCAAAGCAACAGCCUUGAAUGUUAUAAGUAAGCUGAAAGCUAAAAAUAAGGAAGUGGCUUCAGUGAACACAGUUACAACUAAAAACGGCCAAUACGACUUGAAGGGGGACUUAUAUGUAAAUGUGGAUAACAAACGAUCGUUUUCCGGCAAGGCUUCGAAUCAAGUCUCGCUGGAGGACAGCAAAAAGGCUGCUCUAUCAGUCAUUAGCAAAUUUAAGGGAAAAAACGGUGAUCCUCCUAGUGCCAAUCAGCUAGAAGCCGGUGAAAGCCAAAUAACACUGGAGGAAUUUGAAGCAGAGUUGGAUUAUAGUGAUAACGAAGAUAUAGGAGCAACUGAAAAGGUAAAGAGCGUGGAGGAGGUACAGGAACCAACGAAAACUAAAAGUGAAACUGUUCAAAAAAGCUCCAUUCAAUCUCCAAGCUCCAGAGGAUCAAAAUCUAGUAGCACGUCAAUGCAUGUACAAGCCAAAAACUCUUCUCAUUUAUCUAGCUCAAAGGGUAAUUCCUCGAGUAAAUUUCCAUUAGUCGACAAAUCACCGAUUGUUACACCAAAAAAAUCAUUUACAGUUGGAUCUGCUUUAGACAGUAUGACAAUGGGUGUGCCGAUGCUGUCGGGACCCGCAAGAGGCGAUUUUAUUGACCUAAGUAAGCCCAUAACAUCAAGACAUGUCGAUCGAGCAAAAUUGAAUGCCUUGAAAUUCAUUCAACGAAACGGACCAAUCAAAAAAAUCGACCCGAACAAUACGAAGACCACUGGAUCUCUAAAGAGAAGCAUAGAAAAUGUUCUUGUUGAUCCACAGAAACAGCAUGCUGCUAAAAGGUCGAAACUCCAAGAAAGCGAAUUUAUAUCAGAUCGAUUUAAAAAAAUGAUGGCGAUGACGUCGAAACACGCGGAUUUGUUAGACAUACGAGACGACGAGGAAAAAGAAAAAUACUUCAAUAAAUUAGAAAUUAAAGAAAAAAUGGAGGACAAAAUGGCCAAUACACACAAAGUAAAAUGCAAAGCUGUAAAAUGCUUGAAGUGCAAAUACACCAGCUUUUCAGCAUCGGAUUUGUGCAAGAGUGAGCACCAUCCACUCAAGGUAUUUGACGCAAUGAAGAGAUUCUAUCAAUGUGGAAACUGUAAAAAUAGAACGGUUACAUUAGAGCUGGUUCCCACCAAGCCUUGUAACAAUUGUGGAAGCUCGAAGUGGGAGAAAACCGGCAUGAUGAAGGAGAAGAUCGCCGUUGUUCAACAUAAUCUAUCUAUUCGAGGCGGAGAGCAGAAGUUUUUAAAUUCUGUCGUUGCAGAUGCUAAUGUAAACCUGAUGGUACCUGAUGAUGGUGCCUAAAGAUUUUGUGAUACCAUAAAGGAUUUUGUUUGAGGAAACCUUAAUAUUUAUUUUAGGAGAAUUGGGAAAUUUUUUGUUAGCAAACGGCGACUAUUAUUAGGACGUAAACAUUUUUAAGAUCACCUUAUUUCUGCAUUUUUAGGGCAUUAUAAGGUUAUUUUAAAAACGAUUUUUUGUUGAUUAUCCAUCUGCUGGUUAAGCUUGUAAUGAAUGUGCCUUAAUUUAUGUUUUUGCAAUGUUUACUGAUACUUAAGGGUUGUUAUAUUAUUAGUGACUUUUUCGACGUGUUUUUUAACACAAUAAUAAAGCAUACUUUUGGAAAA